GCUAAUUUAGGCCUUGCCACCUUGCUCCUGUGGCCCAAUGUUUCCAAAGAAUGGCUGCAGCCUUCCGCGGGGCUCUCCUUUCCGCAGGCAUGUGGUUCUUCUGUUGUCGCCGACGCUCGGCCCGCAUGGCAACGACCACAGGCCCUUGCUUUGCCUCAGCUCAAGGGAGAGGUGGUCAUGCAGUUGGUCGAGGUCACCCUGACGCAUUUGACUGGAAUGGAGAUCCAGCUUGGAUGACCUAUUUGUUGAUCUCCCCCAGUCGCUCCUCCAUUUGUGGCCACGGUUUCUUCAGCUCCUCGAGCUGCGUGAGCUCGUUGCUCCAGCGCCACGACGACGCGGUGGAGACGCGGCACCUGAAGCCCUGGCGGGUGGCCGAGCUGAAACGGCAGCCCAACGAGGCCGUGGCCGCCGCCAAAGGCCUCCAGGUGAGCCGCCAGAGCGGCUUCCGGGCACGGCUGAUGGCCUUGAGACAAGAAAACCACCUCAAGGUGCCGGAGAAGAUUGAGGUGUUGCCUAUAGAGAAGGCUUUGGAUGCCUUGACUUACGUCGAGGUGGAGUUUUGCAGCCCAAAGGAUACCACGCGCUGCGUGAAGGUUCUGGCGUUGGUGGAUACUGGAUCCAACGAUUGUGAUUUGAAGGGCUCAUUGAUCGAAAAGCUGAGAUUACCCAUCGCUCGACGAGGCGGCACUUCGGUUGAGACGGCCGCCAAUCGAGUGGUGGAGAUAUCCAUCUUCCAGGCCAAGCUCAAAGUCCUCGGGAGGGAAGCCAUUGUGGAAGUAAGCCCGGCAGAUGAGGACUAUGCUGCAAUUGGAGGCGCAGUGUCCGAUGCAGCUGAGGAUGACGUGGACAAAGAGUUUGGUUUGAGUACUACAACCGAUGAAGCUGUGAUUGGAGCAGAUGCUCUCGCAUCCCUUGGGCUUAUCGUUGAUUGCAAGCACCGCCGCUUGUUGACCGAUGACGGGUUGCCCAAGAUGCAAAGGGUGGGUGCCAGCCCUCGCGUCGGACGGAGUCAUUGCAUUCACGUAAAUGUGCGGUUCUCCAACCCUAUGACCAAAAAGGAGAUUUCAGUGAAAGCUCUUGUGGACAGUGGGUCUACAGAUGUUGAUUUGCAGCAAUCUAAGAUCAAUGCAUUGGAUUUGGUCGUGGAUGAGUCUGAAAUCCCAGCGUUGUUCGAAACGGCUGGUGGUGUAACAACUUCUGCACCAAUUUACUGGGCGACUGCGCAGCUCGGAGAGAGAAGAGCACCCGUGCGGUUAAGUCCCUCGCUCGCUGAAGAUGAUGAAACUGAUUCCGACGAAGAAGAGGAGGAGGACAGUGACGAAUCAACUUCUACUGCGGAGGGUGAUGAAGAAGAAGCCUUGCUGGGGCAUGAUGCCUUGGCUGCGUUGAACAUCUUGGUGGACUGCAAAAAUCGAUGCUUGCUACUGGCACCUGAGAAGGUGGAUCCACACAUUUCUGAGACACAUUCCAAGCAGGGUAUGCAGAAGCGGCGUCGCCGAGAACGAUCUGGGGAAGAAUAGUCCG